AAUGCAACAGUGGCUUGUCCCUUAGCGGGGAGAAUAGAUAAAUUGCAGACCUCGAGCCUCCAGCUCGCAUUCGUGACCAAUCAGAUCGACCAUUUGGAAUGAGUUCGUCUUCGGGACGCAUCGCCAUCGUCCCUGGAGGCAAAUGGCUGCCCGAAACGACGGGCCGACGCUCAAAGAGCGCUGAAUAAUAUACGAAGCUCGAAAAUCUAGGUUGCACGGCAUUUCCGCGCUUGAUAAUCCCUUCUGGCAGCCCUAUGGACAUCCGUAUAAAUUGAGGAGAUUCCUCGCCUUCCUCCUACCACAUUUCCACAGCAGCAGUAGACGAGCGAGGCGGAACCUCUCAAGUCCCUAGUCCCUCUUAACCGGGCAUACUCAACAUCCCAUCCCAUAUUCCGUUAUCUGCCAGGCAGAUUUGUCUUCUGCUGAACGGAUCCUCCACACACGAAACAGGAAGAAAGGAAAGAGAAACAUGAACCAACAGUCGAACGACACGCAAGCAGCCAUGGUCACCCCCGGCAAGCCCCCGGCGAACGGCUUCGUCCGCGCCGCGAGCAAAGUCUACAGCACCGUCGGCUUCUCCAAGGGGCGCAACUUCGUCCUCUGGUUCGUCUUCGCCGGCGCCCUGAUGGGGUUCAGCCUGGCCCGGCUGCCCUACCUCGACUUUGACGGCGUCUUCUGCGGCGGCAACCCGCACGCGGCGCCCGGCGAGUGCUUCUACUUCCGCAAGUACGCCCGCGACAGGGUCGGCAUCGUGAUGCACUUCGCCGCCAUCCUCCCGGCCGGCAUACUCGUGUGCUUCCAGUUCGUGCCCGCCAUCCGCCACAAGUUCAUCCUCGUCCACAGCAUGAACGGCUACGUCGUCAUCUUGCUGUCGGUCGUCGGCACGGUCGGUGGCCUGAUGAUCGCCAGGCAUACCUUUGGCGGCGGCAUGGCUAGCCAGUCGGCCCUGGGCUUCUUGUCCAUCAUUUUCCUCGGGGCCUUGGUGAUGGCAUAUAUCAACAUCAAGCUCCUGCAGAUCGAUCAACAUCGAGCCUGGAUGCUAAGGGCCUGGUUCUACGCCAGCGCAAUCAUCACGACGCGCGCCAUCCAAAUCCCCGCCGCCGUCAUCAUCAGCCUCCAGGGGGGCCACUUCGCCGCGCGGCCCUGCGACCAGAUCGCCGACACCCUGGGCGGCGGCGCCAACGCCACGCUGCGCUCGUACCCGGAGUGCGCGGCCUUCUUCUCGGGCGAGGACCCGCACCGCUUCGCCGCCGUCAGGGCCAACAUCGCCGGCGGCGGCAACGCCAUCGAGGGGGGCGUGGCCCUGGGGAUGGCCUUUGGCGCGGCCAUGUGGCUUGCCGUGGCGAUGCACUGUAUUGGGAUCGAGGUUUAUCUCCGGCUCACGCCCGCCGAACACGAACGCCUGCGCAACGUCUCGUACGAGCGUCAGCUCGCGGCCGGGAUGAGGGACCCGGGCCGGGCCGGACUCACGGCCGACCAGCUCGGCGACUCGGAGAGGUGGGUCCCCGCUGACCGGAGGGGUUACUAGGGAUUUUGCUUUUUGGCAAGUUUGAGUUCGGGGUUGUCUGUGCUGUGCCAUUGGGGAUUUUUUUUUGGAGGGGUUUCUUCUCUUGGAUUGGUUGGGAGCUCGUGGGGGGGCUGCUUUUUUGAGGGGGCGUUGGGAAAGUCAUGACCGUCUUGGAUCAGCGAGGUACAGUACCUAGAGCAAAUUCUUCUAGAAUGAUAGGGAUAGGAUAAUCCCAAUUCAGGAGAUUACCUUUCUUUUGACCGUC